GGCGGAUGAGCGACCCUCCGGGACGACCUCUCAGCAAGGUCACCGGCAAGGUCAUCGUCGCUGGCAGGGCGAACGUUGGCAAGACGUGCCUGGUCGAGAGGUUCGUCAACGACGUCUACGCGGCGGACGACCCCACGCACGGCGCGACGAUCGGGACGGACGCCUACAACAAGAGGGUGUUUGUGGACCAGACCACAGAGGUGCACCUCUUCAUCUACGACACGGCCGGGCAGGAGAGGUUCGCCGACAUGGCGGCACAGUAUUACCGCGUCGGCGAGGUCUGCCUGCUGUGCUGGGACAUGUCGAACAUGUCGACGUUCGACAACGCCGAGUGGUGGAUGAAGAGGGUCCAGGAGCACAACGACAACUGCUCCUUCAUCCUCGUAGGCACGAAGGAGGACACGGGACCUGAAGGAGGAGGGGCUCGACCUCAAGCAGGUCAACGCCUGGUGCGAGGAGCGCGGCAUACCGUUCUUCCCCACGAGCGCGCUGAAAGGAGGGGGGGGGCCAACAUCAAGUUCCUCUUCCACACCGUGGCCGAGAAGUGCGCGAGGCGAAGUCGGGAGAAGCAGCUAAGCGAGAACGCAGGCGGCGGCGGCCAGCGGCUUGGCCAGCGGAGCGGGAUCGGGGCGCCGAAGGGCUCCUGCUGCUGAGCACGCGGACCUCGUGUGCGCCUCGACCCCGCGCGGGCCUCUCGUGCGCACGCGACGGCAAGGGCAGGUGCCGGGCCGAAAGCAGGGAUCGACCGGAACGCCUCGGAGGCAAGUUGCACUCAUAUGAUCGUGUUGUAUCAGCUUUCACUGUUCUUCCAACCUCCGCCUGCAGGAGGACACGCCCGACCACCCAAGACAACAGCUGUUCCGGGAGCGGCCCCUCCGCUGGAGUUCUGCGCUCCGCCGGUGCGCUCUGGGAGCGGGUGCUCCGCAGAAUUCGCCCGCGCGUCUCUCCCCCCGAGCAUUUUCUCUUCGGGAAAAUGCUCAGGCCCCCGAGGCCGAGGGCCUGCGCGCGCCCGCGGGAGGCCCCCUGUGUCCAGCGCCUCGGCGGCGCAGGGGAG